GUUAAAGAUCUAGCAAAGUUAAGUGGGUUGUAUUGAAAUUCAUUAUGUCUAUGUCAGACGUAUUGAAAAACGCGAUGCCUAUUGGGGCUGAUGCCAACAACGCGCCGGAGGUAGUUGACAAUGCAGUCUCAAAUACACUUACAGGCGUUAGCGGAACACCAAUCCGUGCACGAAGUUCGCAAACCAUGAACACACCAGCAACAAAUUCCGAUCUCACCACAAAUUCUACUGCAGCAAAUACCAUUGUUACAAAAGGAAAGGCAUUGCCCAAACCCCCAGACGAAUUUUAUCGCGACGUACAGCAGUUCCACGAGCGUCGUGCAACGCCUAUAAUGCAUGCACCUAAAAUUAGCGGACGCGAGGUGGAUUUACACAAGCUUUACAGCGAAGUUACUGAGCGCGGCGGUUUCAACAAGGUAAAUCAGCGCGACGAGUGGGACGAGGUUUUGCCGGUGUUAGGAAUACGCGACAAAUGUGUAAACGCUACGGCAGCAGUGAAGUACAUUUACAGGCGCUGUCUGGAAAAGUAUGAACGACAGACCUUUUUUGGCGAAGAUCCAGACAAGUUGGAAGCACUUGAAUCCGUUGACGCCAUGGAGGGAGGUGGUCGUUCACGUAGCCGCUACCCUACGUCUAUAUAUUCAAGCAGUACGGCAACUGCAAGUGUUAAUACCGUGCCGAUGUCAUACAAUUACCGCCAACAUGUUGUGAAUAUGGAUCGUCGACGUACAUAUAAGCUGUCUACCGAUUUGCACAAACCAUCACCAUAUGAAAAGAUAAUGCUGUCGCUUAUAUCACCACUUCCCAAUGAGCAAGACUUCGCCAUUAAUGUGUGUUCGUUAAUGGCAAAUGAAAGCAAGCAGACAUUAAAGUUAAACGAGUAUCCCAAACUCUUGGAUGUACUGCUCGCCCACACUGGCGUCUUUACGGACUACACAUUGCGAAAACUGUUCCAACACGUUUAUACACAAGUACGUGAAAAUUCCCUUUUCGAAUUUUGGCGCGAUUUGUUACACGACAAGCCACAGAUUUUGGAUUUGUAUACAGAUGAGCAGGCUAUGCGCGAAGCUGGACUCAUAGCUGAUGAAGAUGCAGCUAUGGAUUCCAAAAAGUUAUCAUGUUACGAAGAUUCCAGCGAUUUUGAGUUCUUGAAUUUGGGGCGUGGAGAGGGCACACAGGAAUAUGUGGGCCAACGCGUUCAACAAAUUGUGGCUAUAUUUAGAAAUAUCAGUUUUUUUGAAGAAAAUUUGCCAGUUUUUGCAAAGAGCCGAGCCUUCUUGCGCUUCAUAGUGAUGGGCGCCAACAUACGCUGGGGCAAUCUGCACAAUCAAAUACUGGAUAUCGCUGGAAAUAUAGCCACUGAAAUUGAACUCUCAGAUCCCGCUACGGACGAUGUCUCGCGCAGUCUACUGGUAACGCUAUGUGACGGCAUUGAAAGCAUGGAUCGUGGAGUCAUUAUAAAUAGUUUGGAGAUAUUGUAUAAGUUGUGUCAAAAGGAUAGCAAUGAGGACCACAUAAAUAAGUAUAUGAAUCAACAAUUUUAUGAAACGGUAUGCCAGUUUCUAAGUCUAAAUGACAUUAUGCUACUCAUAUUUACGCUGGAAGCCAUUUAUGCGCUGACGUCAAUGGGUACUCGAUCUUGUCAUUUUAUAAUGCAAGUGCGUGGCAUUGUCGACCAACUAGUCUCACUGAUCACCGUCGAGGCCCAAUCAUACGGGCCAGAUGGUUGUAUCUUAAUGAGAGUUGUGGAAACUGUGCCAGGUAAUAUGUUACCUAUUGUGGCGCAAAAUAUCGCCAAUCUACAAAAUGCUGCAGUAAUUCAGAAGCCACCCACACAUGUACUCGCAUUACCAACACAAUUGCCGGCACCCCAACCGCCUGUCCCUACACCAGUAAUACUACCCACAUACAUUGCUUCUCCGGCAAUGCCAAAUCCACAGUUACCUACAGUACAAUUACCACCAGCCGCAGUAGAUUCUGGCCAAAAUCAAAAACUGCCAACACAGACCAGUGAACCAGCUGCUACUGCGCAAUCAGUUACAGCAGGGCAACAACAACAACCGGGCACAUCGCAGCAGCACACAUCGACGCCAACACAAGCGCCAACUAAUCCGCCGCAAAACUUCACACACGAAGACGAACAAUACGCAUUGGCAUGGUUGGGAGCUACCUUCGAACGUGCCCCAAGCCCAGAGAGUCAUGUCGAACAGCAGGAACUGUACCGCAUGUAUUUAACACAUUGUCAAAAGUUCGGUAAGCACUCAGUGGUGAAUCAUAUGCAAUUUCCGCGUCUUGUGCGCUUAAUUUACAAUGGCAGUGUGGGGCCCAUGUCUGUGCGCCGCAGCGAUGGCUCUGAUUUGCCAGGAAUGCAUUACGUCGGUAUACGUUUGCGCGCACAACCUCUACCAAUACAAUCAUCUAAAACUCUGCCAAUCCAACCUAAGCCACUGGAUAUCAAAUUGGCAACAAAACCUCCUGGGAAUGAUAACACCGCCGCAGCUCCAACGUCUGCACGCAAAUUGAAAAAGAAGUCCAAGGUGCAGCAAGAAACUCCUGUAACUUCCACGGAAGUGUCAACGUCCUCAUCUGCAUCUAAUAGCAGUAUUUCGACAGCUACACAAGAACCAACAAAUCCAGAGCAAAAUUUUAAUGAGGAAGUGUCUACUGGAGCAGCAGCAACAACAACUUCCAGCAUCACAAGUCAUAGUGGUGCACCCUUAUUAAUAGUACAGUCCGGAGGAACUGGAAUCACUGCAGUUACUCCCUCAUUGGCUUUGCCACAAGCCACCGAUACAAGUGCGCAACCCUCUUCCUCUCUAAUCAAAAGCUUGUUAGCCAACAAAGUGACGCAGCGUCAGCAGAAGAAUCAAAAGGAGUUGAAUACCACCGCUACUAGCUCACAGUCGCCGGCAAACGCCCUUGCGCAGCAACCUAUUAAAGUAGCCAGUACUGCAAUAAGUGCAUUGGUGAAUAAUCCACUGAUGCAAAAUGCAUCUGUAAAGGUUGGACAGACCACCAUUAAACCGCUGAACCCACAAACUCCAUUGGAAAAGAAGCCCAUUCUCGAAUCUACACCACCACCCUUGGCACCACUUAGUGGCAAUAAUGUUGCCAAAGACUCCAAUGGACGACCAGUGAUUAUUGCCAAUCAGAUGUUGGUAGAAAUACUCGACAAAAAGGGUGGUGAGCCAACAAUACCCGCUACCAUCAUUAAAAGGAAAAUUGAAGACAGCACUGAGCCUGCAAAACGACUCGCUUUGGACCCCUUGAUUGGCAAAGAGGACGUGCAAGUGACGCCGUCGAAGAACGCUGCCAAUUUAUACGCCGAGAUGGCUGCGUCCAUACUUGAAGAUGAGGAUCUCGAAGACAUACCGCCGCUGCCAGCUACAUCAACCGCGCCAUCAACAUCUACGUCCACGACACAGUCAACAUUUACUGAACCCUUGCAACAGCAGCAAAUUUUAAUUCCAGCUAAAAUUCAACAGGCCACAGUUCAGGGUGUACAGCGACAGCUUGUCUUCCAGACGAACCAGCCACCUCAACUGAAGUUGACCACACAUAGUGGUGUUGCGCCACCAACACAGAUGCCCACAGCCAUGGCUACUAUAAAAACCGAGCAGGGUCUGCAGACUGUACCGGUUAUUCUGCAACAGAAGACGUUGGAACAAACGCAACCACAACAGCUAAUACAACAAGUCAUCACACAAAACGUACCGCAGGCAAUGCCGCAACAACAGCCAACACAGUACGUUCUUGCCACAAAUCAACAGGGUCAAACUUAUCUUGUGGCACAACAGGCGCAGCCACCACCACCACCGCCACAGCAAACAGUAUUGGUCACACAGACACCGCAACAGCAAUCGGUUGGGGCAAAAACAAUUAUUAUUUUACAACAACAAACAAUGCCUGGUCAACAAACGCACCAACCGCAACCACAACUCAUCGGUGGGGGGCCACAAAAAGUGAUAAUGACAACGUCGCAAGGUCAACAAGUGCUCGUGACGCAGCGCCCACAACCCGCUCUGCCUGUUCCCACAACACAGCAAAUUUUCAUAAAUCCACAAACAGGCACGGCUACACAUAUUCAACAUGUGCCAGUUUCCAGUGGUGGCAUAGCAACAAGUGUAUCCACCAACAAUCAGCUGCUACAGCGUCAUCAAAUAUUAACAUCUCAAGCGACAACUAUGGCUCCUACACAGCCCGCAACAGGACAGAUCUCGCCGUCUUUGCUCUCACAACUCAAUCAUAUUCCAGCUACUAUCAAACUACACCAACCUCAAAUGCCUGCAACGUCCGUACAGACAGCAGCCCUUCAACAUCCAUCGGCGACGAUUUCGCGCUUAGGAAAGACGGUUUCUAUUGUGCAGACUCCACCAGCCUUGGCACCGCCACCACCACCCAUUCAAAUACCGCAACUGCAACAACAUCAGUCGAUAAUACAACAGCACAUCAUAUCAGGGCCGUCGGAGAAAAGGCAGAUGAUACUGGGUGGGCGAGCUAUUGAAAUUAAGGAGACGGUAAUCACUCAAGCGCCGCCGCCAUCGCAACAAAGUCAAUUAAAUUCGCAAACGAUCAUAACAAAACAAGUUUUACCCCAACAACAACAGCAAGCACAGCAAAUACGCACUGUCAUAGAACAACAACAGCAUCCCUCGCUUAUUCAGCAGAAAUUCACCUUGCAGCCGCAACCACAGAAGACGAGUGAGCAGUCCAGUUUAAUUCAAGCCACUUUGCCGGCCAAACCUCAAGCUGUUGUGCAGACUGUAGUUCAACAACCACCACCUUCACAGUCACCAAUUCCAUGCAAACCAACGGUUGCUCAACCGGUCAGAGCAUCCACACCUCAACAACAACAACAAACUCCAACAGCUGCUAACAACAAAACAGUUUGCUCCGAACCACCACCACUGACACAGACAACACGCCCACCAAUGGUUGGCAAUCAGCAAUCACAGCAGCAGCAGCAGCCGCAGCCACAGAAAGAAGUAACGAAAUCAAAUGAAUCUGCAAAUACUAUGAACAAUUCAUCAACGGCAACAACGACAACGAAUGCACCGGCAGCCACUACAACAGCUGCUGUGGCGGCAAAUUCAAGCACACCGCCCCCACCAUCUACAGCCAAUUCAGUGCAGAUGCCACUAACGAAACCCACACCUCCCAUGCCACAGCUGCCACAAGUGCAGUUGCCACCAGGAGUAGCAAUACCGCCUUUAGAUCCUAACUGGAUUUACGUUUGCGAUUGGCGUAAUUGCCCGCGCCGCAAAUACAAAUCACUUAACGACCUACAGCAUCAUGCAUGUUCUCAGCAUUGUCCGGACCAUCUGGAUCCGGCGGCGGAAAUUUUUUGCCAAUGGGGUGUGGGGCCUGGCCUUUGCGAUGGUAUACCACGAAAACGUUAUUCGCUGAUGACGCACAUCAUAGAUCGACACUUAACAAACGAUAGUUUGCGCGCCGCUAUGCAACGACGCAUUGCAACGGGUACGGUAAAUCUGCAGCCGACCCAAGCACCGGUAACAAUCGUGCGCAAUGUAGAGGCAGCUCAAGCGCAGGCGCAACGCAAUAACUCGGCUUCACCAUCACCAUCGACUUCGUCAUCCUCCUCCGGUUCACAUCAAACUGGUGUUGGCAGUGCCACUGGUAGUUCAGCUAUGCACGCUAUCAAACGACACACAGUGGAUUAUGUGAAUCCCAAAGAAUUGAUGGAUGAAAAUGAAGGUCCGGUUACGAAAAGUAUACGCCUAACUGCCGCAUUGAUAUUAAGGAAUCUCGUUACAUACACCAACACAGCUAAACGUAACUUGCGUCGUUAUGAGCCGCAUCUAUCCAAUGUAGCUUUGAGCAACGUGGAAUCAAGUGGGGCUAUUUCGCAUAUUCUAUUCGAGCUAAAUAACUAAAUGAGCUAAUAUCAGUUUGAGUGGACAAUAUUCCGAAAUUU